GGUUAUAUUCGAAAGCUUGGUUCUGGUUGAGAUUCCUGUCGAGUUUACAAGGAGAGGAAUAUCUGAGGACACACUUUACUGAAACGGGACCGCCGGGUCAAAUCCUAGGAACGACCAGACCCUUUGUCAGUCUCUUAAACUACGUAUUUACUCGCCAAUAACAUCAGGGAGAGACCUUUUGGAUUCAACCGUUAGCUAACGGCUGGAAUAAAAGCCCGCCGCUGUUCCUGUGGACCAUCAGCUGGGACGGGAAUGGCUCGGCCGAGGAAGAAAACCUCUCCGGGGUGUUUAGCAUGAGGCUCUGCGGAGGGAAACGGCUGGAAGACAACACUGAACAUUACAUUAAUAACAGAAAAGAGACUAAGAAACAGAGGAGCGGAAGUAAGGACGUGAGUGUAAGAGCUGCCCGGUGACAUUUGAUUUCUCCAGCAGAGGAAAAAAGGAAAACGAUGGGAGGAAGAGAGAAGCUGCUGGAGAUCUGCUGUCUGCUGCUGCUGCUGAGCGAGAACUCAUACUGCAGAGGUGAGGAGGGUAUUCUGAGGGGGAGGAAGGGUACACCGAGGGUAAGGAAGGGUAUACCGAGGGUGAGGAUGAGUAUACUAAUGGGGAGGAAGGGUAUGCUGAGAGGGAGGAAGGUAUACUUAAGUCCAGGAAGGGUUUAUUGAGGGUGAGGAACGAUACUCUGAGGGGAGGAACGAUACUCUGAAGGGAAAGAAAGGGUACACUGAGGAUGAAAAAGAGUAUACUUAGCAUAAGGAAGGGUACAUUCAGGUAGAGAAAGGGUACACUUUGAGGGAAAGGACACUUGGGGUACGAAGGAUACACGAAAAAUUGAUUAAGGGUACACUUAUGUUAAGUAAGGAUACACUUAGGAUGAAAAAGUGUACGCUAAAGUUAAGAAUGAGUACACUAAGGGUAAGGAAGGGUACUUUUUUAGUAUCGAAGGGUUCACUGAGGUUGAGGUAGGUGAAAAGGGGUACACCCAGGGUAUGAAAGGGGACACUUCAGGUAUGUGAGGGUGCAGCAAGGUUAAAGAAGUUUAAAGAAAGGCUUAAGUUGGCAGGUAUAGUGGGAGUAAGGGAGGGUAUGCUGAGAGUAUGGGAUAGUGAGGAAGGGUUCACUUGGAGUGAUGAGGAGAGCAGAGGUACACUGAGGUGAGGAGGCUGAGGUUGGGGGACAGUGGUCCCCCAGUGUUUGUGUAGUUGACGCUGGGAUUCUCAACACUGUCUCGGCAGUCUCUCUAACUGUCUGCCAAGUACACUGUGUAUGCACUGUACUGCAGGCUACCAUAAUAUACUGGUGUUUGGAUGAGGUAAUACACUUUUACACAAGUAGCCCUAGGACUAACAUUGAAUUGUUUUCUUUUACUAUGGUUUCUAACACCCUCCUAAAGUAAACUACACUUUUUAUUUCUCUGCACUGUACUGUUCUAUACUCUAUGCAGUAAUUACACUGUACUGCACUACUUCUAUCUUCUUGCGUGAUAUAGGAUUUCUGCUGUCUAACAGUUGGUGGUUGCUUUUGUAGCAGUUACGUUUUCACAGGCCAAUUUAUCAGCAGGACCUUUUCUACCACAGGUCCAUGCUGUUGUAAUCCCUGUUGUCAGAAUGUGGUUUGUCAUUGUCCCCCUGAAAAAUGAAGGUCUUCCCUAAAGAAGUCUUUGUCUGGAUUUCAGCAGAUGUUGCUGCUAAACCUAUAGAUAUUGUUUAGCAUUAAAAGAGCCUUUGCAGAUGUGGAAGAUACCCAUGACGUGGACUCUGAUGAUCCCCAAACCGUCAGGGAUUCUGGUUUUUAUCUCGAUUAUCUGAAUCUUUUAAUGUAAUUCUGUAAUAGUUUAACUAUUUGCUCAUACAGUUUCUCACAGAGUGGUGAACCUCUGCCCAGCUUUCCCUCUGAGAGACUCAGCCCUUCUUGGACAUCUUUCUAUAGCCAGUCAUGGCACUAACCUGUUGAUGUGAUCAGUUGGGCUAACAUUCAAAAUGUUACUUCUUUGAACCACAUGGUGUAGCUCUGUGUGCUGUACUGAAUGUUAUUUAGUGUUGCUGUACCUGUUCUGCUGUGUUAGUGUUAUACAUGUUGCUAACUAAAUGAGCAGGAGGUGUCAGAAGACCUGAGACGUCAGGCCUCUCAAAGAGGUCAACAGCUAAUCCAGAGGGGUUGUGUGCUGAUUAAUGGUAAACACUUCUGACCCUGUAUCAGCCUGUAGCUUCAGGGGUCUGUAAUGCUCUGUUACACAAGCUUCACAGUAUCAUCACCCACCAUCUGCAGCUUGUAGACAUCCACCACAUGGUCUCUAAAAUCCUAACAUUACAACCUCAAAGAUCCUCCUGCCGUUGCUCAAUCAAGAUCAGGCUUCAGUUUAUUGUCCCUUCUAUAAUACACUCUCAUCUGAGAUGGGAGCUGAGUGCAGUUUCCCUCCGAUCAGGAUCACAUUAAAAACAUGGACAGACUUAGAACAGCAGGAGGAAUGGCAGCACAAAAGCAGAGCUGUUUAAGCCAGGAGCAUGUUCAAGGAGUGCUGGUGCGUUGUGAAGUGCAUUAGUACAAUAUGAGGUGCAUUAGUAUUAGAGGAAUUGCAGGUGUAUUUGUGCAUUAAUGUUUGUGCCAGGCUGUAGGUCUUUUUUAUCUAGUUGCUCACGACCCUUGACUUCCACGGAAGCCUGUAUGUGUCUUUUGUUUCACCUGGGGACUUCAUCUAUGAUGUGAUCUCUUUAGAUUUCAACAGAAGAAGUAUCUAGCAUGGUGUUAGUUAAAAAGUAAAGUGCACUAAGCAUCUCUCCUGCUGAGCUGCUGACAGUGCUGUCACUUAAGAGCCGAUCACAGUGAAGCAGCAGAGCUGGCUGUACAAUGAAAAAAUGAAGAGAUCAGCGUCUGCUUCAAAAGUGCUUUUUUCCACAGUCAUCACCUGAGCAGAGUUUGGAGCAGCCUCAUAUUUAAAAUCAUUAACCUAUCGGUCACAGUCGGUUAUUUUGUUUUUGGUUGGGCUAAUUUGGGACAAGGUUUUUGCAUACACUUUACCACGCACAGAUCAGUCUGUUGUGCUGCAUCAAUUGAAUUCUAUCAAGCUUGUAUACCUAACUGCUUGUUUGGAGAGGAGGUUUUUUUGGGGGGUAGUGAAAGAAGUCACCUGUGGUUUUUACCAUCAAAUGUGAUAGACCAUGUUGACAUGUGGGAGUAUUGAGCAGUCGCUAGGAAAGAUCUAUGACAUGCACUUUGUCAGACAUGUCAGUUAUCACUAAAGGAGGAGAGACUACAUCCAACCCGUGUUGUUUCGGCCCUGAGGUUAAUCUUUAGUAGCUGACAUAAACAUACAGAUAAGGGAUGCAUCGAAAUGAAGAUUUUUGUCUGAAAACCGAAACACCAAAGGAACCAUUAUGCCAGUUAUUAGUAUCAUUGCAUUUAUGGCCAUGACUGUUAACUAACCUCACUAAAAUCAAGGCAUUGCAAUUACAUACAUUAAUUUUAAUUUAUAUGACAUAAUAAAUUUACUAUUAAUUUAUGCAAUUGCAAUGUGAGUUUAAAAUUUUUGAGUCUUGCUGCAUGUUCUGUGUUGUUUACACCUUAAGAUGGUGCCCGCGAGUUAGGCAAAGAAAACUCAAAAGUUCUAAGAGAAGAAAUGUUGUGAGCGAUAGAGACCAUAGACUGUAUUUACUAUGGACAACCUGGCUCUGCCCUCUGUCAUAGUACAAAUUUGAACUUUCAACUUGUGCAGUAGCAUUGUAUGCAUUCGCCAGGAAGGUCGCUGUGAUGACGCUCAGCUCAAACAGCGUAUCCCCCGGUUGAGCUACGCAAUCUUCAUACGCCCAUAGGCUGUAUCAAGUGUCAAUCAUAGAAAAACAUGAACCCCCUAAUUACUUUUUAAAAUGGAGCUGCACAGAAAAAAGAGGACUUGAGCACAAAACAGUCUUACUGUAACUACAUGUCAACAUUGCAAGCAUGGGAGAGAAAAAUUUAUAUUCUGUGUAAUAAAUUUCUAAAGUUUGUCUACAGCUCUAUAGGGAUUGCUGGAGGAGGCGGGAUUUAUGACAUAUACUGCAGCCCAUCACCAGAGUGGACAGUCCACUCGUGUUUUUGGCUGCAACAUCCGUGGGCAUGCUGGGAGGGAUUUUCCUUUUCUGUGCCCCGUUCUUCUCAUACUCCGAUAUUUCAGGUGAUGAGUUAAGCCUGACGUGAAGAAACUCUUUGUAGGCACAACUUCUCUUGAAAUUUUCGCAUUAUACGCUAUUCAAAUCGCAUUUCGUGGUUCUCGUAUAUAUUGAAAUAAACCCACACCUGAGACAUGUUGGCUCUUUUCAGCUGUGGUUUUUGGUUGCGUCAAUUUUGGUGCAUCCCUAAUACAGAUUUGAUACCUUAGCACUGCAGCAGACUGGGGUUGUCAGAAUUUUGAACUUCAAUGCAAACAAAUAUAAAAUCACCAAAAAUAUAUUAAGUGUCACGAACUGAACUCUUGGGUCCUUUGUACUUUGAUCAGCCAGCGUAGUGCUCUGAUGCUUUAACUUGCAGCAGCUUUAUAACUGUUCGCUGUUUUUUAUGUGAGGCGCCGUGCUUUUCUUACACUGUUAAAUAUAGAAAUAAAGGAUGUUGUAUUAUUAUGAGGGACUUGCUCUUGAAAAGUAUCAACUAUUGAACAUUUUUGUCCUUCUUUCUUCACUCUGGACAUCUUUAUGCACAAUCCAGCAGACAACAUCUGCUUUGACUUUCAGCGUUUAAGUGAACACUCUCACUGGAUACAGACACUGCUGACUCUCACUCUGCUGUGUGUGCAAACCACUGUUAAACACUUAAAUUUGUGAUUCAGGACAGUUGUUGUGUCAGACAGCAGCCCUCUGUGUUCCAUUUUCACUGUCUUAGCGAAGCCUGUUGUUAACAAGUGGAUCUGUAUGUAUUUCAGGCAUGUAAGUAUGAACAGAGACGAGCUCUAGAAGUCUUGUUUGGGUGUUUACUGUGAAUGUGUCCUGAGUGAACUCUAGUCUUUCAGAUAGUGUCUUCCGUGGCUCUGUUGAAGCUGGGUGGUAUUUUGCACAGCUUUUAAGACUGACAGGAUUUUUCAAAGCAUACUGACUCCCACACAUCAUCUCACAGUCUGCACUGAGUUUGUGAACUGAGUUUCAAAGGUGCUGCAAUGAUUCAUAGUGUUUCUUUAACGACUCAAAGCAAACAGAUCCAAGCAGCAGUGGCAGAGAUAUUCUGUCUUUUAAUGCAGAAACACACAUCCAAUAACACACAUCCACCUCCCAUAAUGCAACUGUGUAGAAGCUUUCAUUCAGUCCUUGCAGGACUUUUAAAUCUGUAUGUUGCACAAGCCAGCAGUCAACAGCACAUUGUGUCUGUAUCUUAAGAGGUUUAACCUCUGACUGUUUGAAUGAGAGUUUGCACACUCUCCUCACUGAGGAGGGAAAGUUUGUGCGUCAAAUUCCACCUGAGAACUUUUGUGACACAUAUUUCUGUUAUCACAGGAAUAAUCCCUUUUCAGUGCAAGUCAGAGCAAAAGACGGCAGUUAAACCUCUUAACCCAGAGACAGUGUGUGCUACUGGCUGCAGGUUUGUGCAACAGACUUUCAGACUUCCUGCUGAGGUGGACCACAACAGUUUCAGAGGAACAUUAACCCCAAUUUACAGGCAGCUUCCAGUAAACUGUGUCAGUGGUUACUGUGGUGGUUGGCUCAGUUAUCUGUUAAAAUGUCAAAGCAUGCUCACUGGGAAUUUCUUUAACUGAAAAAGGUGAGAGAUGCAUCCUGUUGAAAAUAAGCACCAAAAUUUACACCAAAACUGCAGUGUCUGAUACUACAAGCUGUUGAAGGUUUUUAAAUUCAUCUUUAACAGCAAAAAAAGAAAAAAAACAGUAGCUUCUGCUGAAAUUCUGAACCAGCUCAUCUCAGUGGGUAGUCAAUUAGUCAGCUUUAAGCUGAGUUGAUACUAUUACAGAUACAAGACCAUUACAACCCUUUUUUACUGGAUUGAUUUCUUUUUUUUUUUCAUCAAUCAGUGUUUCAUUAUUAAACACUCAAGACAUGAAACCUUCAUUGUAUACAUUUACAGAACUUAAAAAUUCAAGAUCCAAGAUCUUUAAAAACAAAAUUUUAGUGAAAAUGGACAGAUUGGAUAAUGUUAGUCUUCAGAACAUGUAAUAGUGUUAAAAGGGAACAUGCUUUAAUUCUUCUCUUCAUUUUAAACCUUCAUCUUCAUCAUGCCAGAAGUUCGGAUUAUACAGAAUUAUGAUAUGGAUCAAUGUCACUAUUUAGUCUGGCUAAUGUUUGCAUUUUAAAGGGAUAUGUUGGCGUAAAUUUGAGUUAGAGUCAAACACACCAUAACACCGAGUUAGACACCCCCUUGAGAGAUGAAUGUUGCCGACUGCUUGCCUCUCUAGUUAUACCAAUUUUAGUAAUGACCGCACAAUAGUAAUACACAGUGGUCUAUGUCUCCAUGUGCAAACCUCAACCAAAAAGCCACUCUAUAGCCACAAAUAAUGCUCAGAACAGCAUCUAACUUCAUCAACAGUACAUAUAGGGUCCCAGCCAUAGUAUUAGCCAUCAAACAUGUUUUUGGCUUAGUCUGGUUUCUUUAGGAAAGAGACCAAACACAACUCACCUACUCUCUUUCAGCAGCCGCUUGUUUGUGGGUGAGCCCUGACAAGUCGAUCACAGAGUGCAGCAGAGUUUCACAGCUCAAAGCAGCUCAAAGAAGAACAUUUAUGAUCAUUUCUUCAUGGAAGUGCCAUCAGACCUAGACGCUAAGGCAGAAGAACUACCGUGUCUGCAGUGUAAAAUGAUUAUUAUGAUGAUUAUUACUUCAUGGAAAUGAUCUGCUACACCCGUUGAUCGACUUAUCAGGGCUCCACCACCAACAAGCUGCAGCUGGAGGAGAGUGGGUGAGCCCUCCUCUCUCCAUCACCUGCUUCUCUCCCUGCUCUCCUCUCUUGCUCCUCCUGCUCCUCUACCUGUUUCUUUUUGCAUUUGAUGACAUACAGCUACAUGUUUGAAUUGAUUUUAAUGUCAUUCAUGAAAAAGUCAUACACCGGGUUAUGCUAUAGAUGUCAAAACAUGACUGACAGAAGCAAUAACAAACUGAUAUGUAACAAAAUGAAUGGAACAUUUUAUUAAAUUAAAAAAGAAUUAUAAAAGGUUGCCUGCCAUGUGACCAGCCAUACUCUAAUAUAUAAUAAAUAAAGACUGAUAAUCACCUGAAUGUGUGAUUCUGCAUUACAUAGUGUUCACAAAUGCCUCAUCUUUUAAUCAACUUCAAAAAUCCUGUAGUAAUGACGAGACCGGUGCUGAGUACAGCAACAGUACCCCACAAUGUCCUCUCAGACAGAAUUUCAACAGAAAUUCAUCAGCUUCUAGCACUGACGGGAAGUAAUGGGAAGUGAAUGAAUCUGUGAUAACAUUAACAGGAACCAGCAACUACUGUACCGUACCACACACACACACACACACAGUUUCCCUGAAUGAUGACUCACUCUGUUUUUUUUGUCUCCCUGCUCUGAACAAGAACAAAUCUGGAGCUCUGAGUCGUUCACACAUUCAGCUCCAGUUAAAGGAUCAGUCUGCAGUUUUUGCUUCUAUCAGCACAAACCCCAGAAUGCACUCUAUUCUGUGUUUACUCUGCCAAAUGUCAAACUACAGAUCAAUCCUCUUGUGUUUGUGGUUGUAUCUAAACUUUCCUCAGGAUGUUGUAAGAGAAGGUGUAGACUAAACUCUUCGUCAAAUGAUUUACUGAGACCCCACAUAAGUCUACGUAAGUCAGCAUAACUAAGACCUGGUCUAAGCCUGAGACAGUCCUAACUGUAAGCUUCAUUGAGAUGAGGUCUGCCUCCCAGAUCCUGACCGGUAUAUGAUUCCUAAGGAGAGGAGCUGAAAGCACUACCUCCUAUACUAGUUUUGGAUUAUGGAUUGGAUUGGAUGUGUUCUGUUCUAGAGGGCUGAUGGGGACACAUGAUGACAGGGAGGUUUUCAGAUGAUUGUCUCCUUGCUGGUUGUCGGGUCAGGUCUGUAAAAGAGGUCUGGUGUGAUUCAAUUACCAUAUGUGGAAGUCAGGUCAAGUUUCUGCAGUUCAGAAUAUCCUAACCCACAUGAGAGAUCCACAUUCAGAGCUGGUACUGAACUCACUGAAAGAGUCUCACCAGGUUUGGUUGAUGAAGACUGAACUUAGUGUUUUCUGAAGUGUGGGGCUCCUGUGGAUUGAUUAGAUUGGUUUCUCUGAAUCAUCAUUUCACAGAUUGAGCUUGACUUUUCUGAAAAAAAUCAGUAGAUUAUUGAAAGAUGUUUUUUUUUUAAAUUUUGUUUUAUUCAAGAUAUUUCAUCCAUUUCCUCAAAUAGUCUCCCAGUCCUCUUUGGCAUCCCUGUAGACUUUCGCAAAGGUAUUUAUAGAUCCUCUUGAAGAUCCAAAGGGUACCUGCUUUGUUAAUGGGAGUGAAAGUCGACAGAUGAAGCAACAGUAAAUAAGAUUAGAUUAGAUGAGAUAAACCCUUAGUGGUCCACGGGGGGUUAAUUUGGGUGUCACAUCAGCGAACAGCCAGAUUAGGACAGGUCUGGAGGACAAACAAAGUCCUCAGGAGAGGGAUGUCAGAUCUGCUGGUCUUAAUAAAGUUAUGUUUUGGUGUCUGACUGUGUAACAGGCCAACCUGGAACAUUGUUCUCUAUGUAUUCAGGUCACGUUUGGAGUCAUCAAAGUAGCUUUGAAAGAGUAUUUUGGUAAAGCUGGAGUUCAACUAAUGAUGACCUGGAACGUUUUUAUUAGAUACGGAUCAGAAAGCACAUCAAUCAAUCAAUCACUUAAUUUAUAAAGCACUUUUCAUAUAUAAACUGUAUCACAAUAUGCUGUACCUUAAAGAACACAAGAAGGAGAGGAUUAGGGGUUACAAAAUAAAAUACAAAAUGAAACUGCAAACACUACAAACUGCAAAACCCCACCCAUCCACCCUCCAAGCCCGCAUUUAUCAGAGACCCCACCCACCCACCCACACACACACACACACACACACACACACACACACACACACACACACACACACACACACACACACACACACACACCGGGACACCAAGUCAGGGCUCAACAGGAAGCCACAGAGGACCAAAGAAACGCUAUCUUAAACUAAAAUGGGGAAACACUGGAGCUGAAACUAAACUGAUAAAGCAUGACAAGAUGUAGGAAACUCAUAAAAUGAUUUGAAAAAAAUAAUAAUUAAAAAAAACAGCCCACCAGCAGUUUUUGACAUUUCACUGUAGUCAAUCUUUAUGUGGAUAGUUAACAUGCCUGUUCAAGUCACACUUUGCACCAAUUGAUGGGAUGCCUACAUGUGACUUGUUGCCCAUUUUCAAGAUCCAAACACAGACAAACUACAUCAUGUUUUGAGAUGUUACCUGUCAUCUGUGCAUGUUUACAUCCAGAUAGUAGAGCAUACUAUAACCAGAGCUACAGCGCUGCAGCUUAGGCAGGACAGGCAUUUCAGAACUGCUGGGAUCAAAAUAUGAAAAAUUAGUGAAUCAAACUAGCAGGUCUGGAGAUUGAAAAAUGUAUGUCUGAAAUCACUUUAAUGCAGCAUCCUUUUGAACACAUAAAUAGAGGCAUGAACUGACCUUUGUGCAUGCAGAGUCUGUAUCUGAGGGUUACAUGACUGUGGAAUGUAAACAUGCACUAGAGCUGUGGUACUCCAAAAAGGACUGAUUGAGCAAGAUGGAUUUUAAGACAGUGUUGUCCUGCUUUACUCAGUCUUUGUUAAUGUUGAGUUGCACAGGUAUAGUCUGCUAAACAAACAGGAUCAGAGAGUGUAAUCAUCCGCACUUACAGUGCAUGUGCAUCUGAGUGACGUAGAAAUCGUAUGCAGAAGAAAACAUUGCCUUAUUGUUUAAUCAGAAGUCACCAUCAAGGGCUUGUGAUGCCAAUGAAACUUAAUUUUGAACAUUAACAGAAAUGAUUAUUAGGUUAAAGUCUGCAGUGGUAAGUUGAUCAAAACAACAUGUCCACCUGCUCCCUCUGUUCCUGGGUCCCAGAACUGCUGUCAGGAGGCUGGACAAAGUGUGGUAGAAGUAGUUUUUCCUGUUGCAGUACUUGGAAAAAAAAUGCAAAGUUAUUUGUUUCAGUACUGUACAACCCUAAUCUGAACUAUGAAUGGACCCGAAGACAAGACAGGAUGUUAUAAGGACUCUUGACUUGACAGACACAGUAGUUUAUAAAGAAUCCCUUCAGUUUCAAAGAGGAUGAGACCUUCAGAAAUAAUCUGGCUCUAGUUUUAAAUGAGUUUAAAGACUUAAAUACGCUGAGCCCCCCUGAAACAAACUUCCCCACGGUGAGCAGCAGUUGACUCACAGCCUCUCCUGAUCUUUGUCUGUUGAACAACAUGGAGGAAACAAUGCUUUGAAAAUAUCAGAUAGACUGUGAUUUCACUCUCUCUGAUUUCUAGUGUAAGUUUGAGUUCAUGAGGCCUCCGGGUUACCUGAGGUGACCUGUGUGUGAGGAAGUGACUCUUCAGGGAGUGAGGGUCAAGCAGGAAUAGGGAGUUUGAGGAGGAUGUGACUCAGUGUUUCUCAGGAUUCUAGAUUAUUUUGCAUCAGGGUUUCUUUCUCUCCAGGAUUUUUCCACCUUUACUUUUCACACCCUUGAAUCUUACAGUCGGACAAAGGGGCCAACAGAGAGAGACGUACUGGUAGCUGCAUGAUGAUCACAUACACAGAAACCCUUCCAAAUAAUAGAUCCCCCCCCCCCCCCCCCACACACACACACACACACACACACACACACACACGCUCAUAAAUGCUGCAUUCAUUCCUUGAAAUGAGAUGAACAAACAGCAGCUAAGCCGGCAGUAAUGUGAACACAAAGACUUUAUGUAACAGUGAGGGCGAGAGAGAGAGGGAAAUGAUGGAAAAAAAGAGAGAGAGAGAGAGCUCACAGAGGCCCUCUGUGUUAUUAAUCCUUCUGUUUUAUUUUUAGAUGAUUACAAAAUGAUCAAAGUUUUUUUUAGGAUAAAUGGGUCACUCAGAAUACCCCAGAAGUCUCAAAGUUUCCCAAUAGUAUCUGUAAUUCAGUUUCCAAACACCGUCAUCGUCAUCCUCAGAUUUUAAAUCUGUGUGAAGAAAAAUCAAACAUCUGACUGAAUUUAUGACCACUAGCUUCAUGUCAUUUAGUUUGUUAGGAUUCCUAUCAGCUUCAGCAUUGUUGCAGCCACUGAUACUGUAGUUAUGCUAAAUUCAUAAAGUUUAAAACUCUGUGCUCGCUUAAUUAACUACAAAAGGCCAUUGUUGCCAUUGGCAAAAAAGAAAGAGGACUUAGCCUUAUUAACAAUAUUUUUUAAAAAAUAUAUAAAAAUAAUUCUGAAAAAUUAUGAGAUAAAAAGUCAUCCGUAUGAGAUGAAAAAUCACUUUUACAAGAUAAACGCAGAAAUAGCUACAAAGUAAGAGAACAAAAUUGGGUUAAAAGUCAUAGAUAGGAGAUAAGAAGUCAUACUUCUGAUAUGAAAGUGAAAGUAAUUUCAAAUGAAGACGAAAUGAUUGAAUUCAAAGUCCUGAAUAUGAGAUUUAAAGUCACACAUAUGAGAUGAAUAAUCAUAAUAAUGAGAAAGGAGCUCUAAAAUUCACACUCAACUAUUUUUUUUUUUCAUAUUGGGUGUCCUCUCUGUCCUCUGGUCUGAUUUCAGCGAGCAGGAAAGAGUUCUGGAGCGUACUCGUGGAGUUUUGUGGGUGAUGACAGCACACUGAGACACUUAAUGAGAGGGAGGCUGAACUAAUGAGAGAGCCGACUCAAUCUGUGCCUCAGUGUGUGAGCUGACCUGGCCUUCACCCCCCACAGCCUCGUCCUCUGACCCACUCUGUGACUCCGGCUAGGAGCAGCAGGGACUCACACUGACCUGCAGCUGGAUGCAGAUCCAGCCUCAGGUUCUCUCUGGUUUCAUCCUCAGCUCAGCUCAGACUGAGACCAGAACAAGCUGUGAACCUGCUGCAGCUCAGCGGCAGCAAAACAGUGAGCGGAUCAGGGGUGUGACUCUUCAGGAUUCUGGAUGUGUGUGUGUUCUUCCAACUCUGUUAGGACCGAAAAAAAUGAAACAUUGACAUGUGACUGAUAAGUGGCUGUUAUUACUCAGCUGUUGAAUUUGAUCAAAUGCAAUAAGGUGAUCAGCUGGUGAGCUCUGUCAUCAUCAGUAUCAGCCAUUAAAAACACAGUAUUAGCUAACCACUGGUUCAGUGCAGCUAUCAAAUGUGUUGUUUGGCAGCACCGUGAGUUUUUCAGGACUGAUGCUGAGCGGUGCUGUCUGCAGAGAGGUCCCUAGUUUGAUUCCCUGGCCAGGCAGCAGCUUUUCUACACCGAGUUUGCAUGCUCUCCCCAUUUUCCUCUGCUACUCCGGCGUCCUUCAACAGUACAGUGCAUCCCCUAAGAGCCACGCUGUGAUGAAGUCCUGACUCUGUCAUACUGUGUGUGUGCUUCCUCCCUUGCUGGGUCACUUCAGUCAAACUUUCACACCCGACUUUGUUUACGUCAUAGGCAGUAUAAUGUCACGACAACACAGCCGCUCCUGGCAGAGAAGUGGAACUGUAUGUGAACUCCAAAAUUCACACUAAACUGUCCCCCUAAACUCUUAGGAGGGCUCUGCUGUAGAUCAGGUGCUGUUUUAGCUUAAUCACUGAUGGUCCUCUCCAGCUUGUUUUGGCCUCUGAUAAUUGUGGAGGACGGUGCUGUCAUGCAUGUGACUCAGGUGUGAGGUUGGGAUGUGUGACUGUGAGUUUGUGUAGGACUUAGGCCUAGGCGAUUUUGCAAAAAAAAAAAAAAAGAUAAUUUUUUAUACAUUUUAUAUAUACAAUAUAUUUUGUCAUAUCGUCCGAUCUCGAUUAUUAUUACGAUUUUUUUUAACUGCCAGUUUUAAAGCAUCUGUACUAAAAACUAAAGAAACAAGAGAUUAAUUCAACAUUUUAUCAACAUACAAAGUAAAUGACAAAGCAAACUGAAUAAUAUACACUUAGAAAAAUAUAAAAACCAUUUUAACUCAACAGAACAACAAAUGUAGAUAACACUUAAUAAUACAGUGAGUUAGUUUACAGUCCUGGGUGAUUUUGCAGAUAUGCAAGACCCAAAAUAAAUAAUUUGCCACCUCAGAGAUAAUGAAGACGUCUUAAAAUGUAAACAUUAGAUGAUAUGAUUGGUUGCUGCUUUGGUCUGGUGGCUGCACCGCUAGUUGUAGCUAAAUUGCUAAUGCUACUCGUGCCGUCAGCAAUGGCAGGCUGUGCAGAUGCCGCUCACAUUUUCAUGUUUUCCACAUAAUCACUCGGGAAGAACUUCCUCAAAUGAUUAAACAGAUUUGUUGUGUAGCCGGUUUUUGAGGGCACCGAUUGCCGACAUACCUUGCACAUCGGCUUAUUGCUCGACGUCACUUUUGAGAUACCGGAACCACCGCCACACAGCCGACAGUUGAAUAACACAAUAAGACCUUUGGAGAAUAACUCUAAGUCAUGGCUGACAUCUAUUUUGCUGCUCUCAGCUCUGCAUUCAGCUCCACAUUCGGUCAUUCUGUUUACUUCUCCGGCAACUUACAGAAGUGAGCAGGAAAAGCUUGACUCUGAUUGGCUGUUGUGACGCACACUUCUGCUAGGUUUGAUCGAGUAAAUAUGCUCACGAUUACCUUGAUCGAACUGAAAUUUAUCACAAUCAUCGAUCACGAUCAUAUAAUCGCCCAGUCCUAGUGGGAUGUUUCAGAAUGUGUGUGUUUAACGUGAGUAUUUAUGUUUGUGAAGUAUUGUGCUUUACAAAGACAACAAUGACUCACUUGUUUCUUGGUUUAUUUAUUUAUUAUUAUUAUUAUUGUAAGUGUUUUGAAAACAGUGAAAUCAUGAUUUAAGAUCUCGUCAUGCAGGGACCGUUUUCAGCUGCAGAAUAAUCAUCCAUAACAUCAUCUGCACUCAUAUAUUUGGACGCCAUGUUCUGUUUUUCUAGAGUAGUUUUGUAGCCUUAAUUGCAGUACAUCAGUGUGUGUGUGUUGUAUUGUGUGUUUCCUUGCUGAUAAUAGAGGUUUUGUAAAUGCAGCCAUCACUGACUCAUGAGUGAUUCAGCUUUCUGCAGAUUGCGACAGGACAAGGACCCACAACCACAAACUGCUGAUCAGCUGACAUAGAAAGUGUGUCCUUGAGUUUAACAUGGGUUAGAUUGAUAAAGCCCGGAGUGUUGUUGUCAUGGUAACCUCUGUGUGAGCCUCUGACUGGUGCAGAGGUGUGUGACCUUAAGAAAACAUCAAACAACAGAACUGGCAGAAUUCCUGAAGUUAUGUCUAUUUUUGAAGCAAUAGAAUCACACAGUUGAUCCGUGUUUAUGGAUCAUGGAUUAUGGAUCAGUGUUGAAAUUAUUUGUGAUGUCAUGCACCUGUUUGGGGGACUGCAGGGGGGCAGGUGAGGAUUUAGUUGCAGUUUUUGUGUUUGCUGCUACUGGAUCCCGUGGAGAGAGAUGAACAGUGGAGGGGUAUGUGCUGUUCUAGGUUGGCUGAAAACCAGACUGGCUGCUAUGAUCUGGAUCAUCUGCAGUGGUCUGACUGUACAUGCAGGAAGGUCUGCCAGUAAAGAGUUGCAGAGGUCAAUGUGUGAUAUUACAAGAGUCUGUACCAGGAAUUGUGUCAGAUGGGGUCUGAACCUCCUGUUGUUAUAGAGCACAAAGGAGCUGACUGGGAUGAUGAAGAGCUUAUUUUUGGACAGGGUGAGCUGUUGGAGGUGUUUCUUCACUCAUUUAUCACUGAUCACCAGCCCUGUUACAGUCACUUCCUCAAAGAAAACUUCUGGUAUAAUGUAAGCUAAGGAACUGGAUGAAUAAUGGUUAGGAAGUAUGAAUGUUCAAGUGAUUAGUGAACUGAAGAGGCAGAGGUGUAUACAUUUUUUUUUUUUUUUAAUUCACAUGAAUAAAUAUUCAAAUUUGGGGUUUUAAAAGUGCUGACUCGUCUCUUUGAGCUUGCCUGGUAGCUGCUGCUGCUUAUUCUUCAUCUAGUGAUCUGGACUUCAGAAAACCUGGGAAAUAUUCUUGAUUUUCUCAGUGGUCAGUUUGUUUCCUUCAGCUCUGUUAACCGUCUGUCUGUUUCCUCCAACAGACUCCAAGCAGACAGAACACCUCUCCUCCUAUCAGCUGACUGUCCCUCGACCAAUAGGAGGCAGGCUGAGGCGAGAUGUGGACGGACAACUCCCCAAUCAGGUACUGAAGAUUUACUGUCCUGUAAUGUUGAAAGCAGGUUUUCUUUACUCCCUGUAUGACCUCUGACCUUCAGGAACCACAAACUCAGCAGGUCAUCUUCCUGUCUGUGUGUCCCUGCUCUGCCCUUCCUUAGCUGGCAGCUCAUAAUCACUCCUCACUUUAACAAAAACAUACCAUGAAGUCUUUAAACCAGUGUGGAGACCAACCAUCUGAGAGAAGUUUCAGGAUGGCUUUUAUCUGUAACUUCAUGUUCUAGUGCAUACAUCCUUUCAAAAUAAAAACACAUUUGUUAUCAAAACAUGGAAAACCAUAUAAUGAAACCAGCAUCAUGAAUUGCCAUCUAUCCUGAGUUGAGUUCAUCAUUUCAUCCUUACUCUUUCCCAGCUUUGUUAUUAGGUAGCCUGUAUACAGGGAAGCUGCAGGGUUGACUCUGCUGUAUGACAGGCCUCCUCUGUGGAAAAAUAUGAGAUUUCAAAGGAAGACAGAAACCUAGAGCUGUGGGGUGCUGAGUGAAAAGUGUCCCCAGUAGAAACAGAGUGGUGAAAUAAAGGUUCCACAGGAGAAACACCCGGUUUUAUUAGUUUGGCUCCUCCAUGGCACACAAGGAGGAGUUUAGUGAAAUCACACUUUGUCAAACUGAAAUGAGUCAGAGAGAAAGGUGGACCUGAAACUCCUCUACCCUGAGGUCUAAUAUGAGACUGCUAAUGUGGCCGGACCACCUUAAAACAUGCAGACACACACACACACUGAGCAGAGCCUGUUGUUAGAGGGGGAUUUAAUCUGCUAAGUGUGUGUGUGUUGUGUGUGUGUGUGUGUGUGUGUGUGUGUGUGUGUGUGUGUGUGUGUGUGUGUGUGUGUCUCCUCUGCUGUCAUCUUCUUUUCCACCCUGCAUUCUGGAACAGGUUUGGUACACACACACACACACACACACACACACACACACACACACACACACACACACACACACACACACACACACACACACACACACACAUGCAUGCACUACAGUGAAAUGUGAGCAUGCUCAGAGGGUGUGACAUUGUGUGAAAGAAUGAUUGUGUGUAUGUGUGUGUCAGCCUGCAGCCAUGUUUUCUUCCCCCGCUCUGUCAGAUGUGUUUUACUCUCUGCAGGCAACAAAUCACAGCAGAUGGCUGAACAAACUCUUUAUGUUUUCAUCUUGAACUCGCCCCUUUGACCUCUUUCUUUACCUUUUAUUGACACUUUAUCAACACAGAGGACUUUUCUGAACACAUACUCGACCCCAAUCCCAUAGGAGCAUGUUUAGUUACAUUAUUUUAUUUGGAUUUUUUUCUCUUUUUUUCUCUUUUUCUUUUGUUUGUUUGUAAUCUGUAUUGUCUGUUGGUACUCUAAUUCUGCUUAUGUUAUUAAUGUUUUAUCUGUAUUUUUUGGACCCUCUUGAAAAUAAGAUGCUACAUCUCAAGGUGCUAUCCUUACAUAAAUUCAAAUACAUUCAAAUUCACAGGUGUCACUGCAUUAAAAACAGACAGGACUCUAGAGUGGAACUUACUGCAUGGGCUUAAAAUCACUUUCAAAAUCCACUGUUUGUGAACAUGGUUCAUCACUGCAUCUACAAAUGAGGUUAAAGCUGAACCGUAUAGAGGAAAUCGGAGAAAAGUGUUUCUUAGAGGAGUAAAAAUUGAAAAUUGGGGGGGAAAAUUAGACAAAAAUGUACAUGAGUAGGGGUACUGACUGCCCAGCACUCCAGGUGGGUUCAGUUCCACCCUAUGGCCCCUUUCCUGCAGGUCAUUCCCUACUCUCCCCUGUUUCCUGCUCUAUCUACUGUCCUCUACCUGCCAAUAAAGGACAAAAAAAAGAGAUCUUAAACAAUAAAUAAAUCAACGUACAAAUUCCCAAAAGUAGGAGUGCCAAUGGCCUUGGGCUUAAGUGUGCCACAUAUACAGAGGCUGUAGCCCCUGUCGUAGCAGUCGCUGGUUCAGCUCCCUGCCACAGCUCUUUGUUGCAUGUCUUCCUCAGUUCUCUGCUCUCCACAAUUCCUGUCCCUGUCUUCAACUUUCCUGUCAAAUAGAAUAAAAAAUUCCCCAAAAACACAACUCUAAGUCAAACCAUAGGAGUGGGUUUAAGUUUACAGAUCAGUAUGAUGUUCUUAGGGCUAUGUGAUAAAACGAUAACGAUAUACACUACAGGCCAAAAGCUUGGAAGCAAGAUCAGAUUUGUACAAAAGAGAUCAUAGUUUCAUAUACAUAAUUUGCAACACAAUAAAUAUGACUAUUGUGUAAAGAGUAACUUAUCAGGUAUCAGGUAUUUGAGUUAUUGUUGCUUAGACUUUGCUUUCUUUAAAGUAACCUCCUCUGGCUUUAACAACAGCUUGGCAUAUACCAGGCAUUUGUUCCACAAGUUUUCUAAGGUAUGUUCCAGGGAUUGCAUUCCAAGCUUUCUUAAGUUCAUUAAAAAGAGAUUGUUGAUUCGUGGGACGCAUUUUUCUGACCGAUAGAUCCAAUUAUCCCGCACAAGCUCAAUUGGAGAAAGGUCUGGAGACCGAGGGGGCCAAACCAUCUUUUGAAGAGCACCUUCCUCUCCUUUUUUGUCAAGGUAACCCUGACAGAGCUUGGCAGAGUGCUUAGGGUCAUUGUCUUGCUGCAAAACAAACUUAUGAGCCACAAGUCUGAGUCCAGAUGGAACAGCAUGGUGCUGGAGGAUGGAGUGGUACUGUUCCUUCUUCAUGAUACCCUUUACUUCAAACAAAUCUCCUACUCCAUCACCUGCAAAACAUCCCCAUACCAUGGAACUACCACCUCCAUGCUGAAUUGUGUGUGUAACACAUGGUGCUUUCAGAUGUUCACCAGUUCGUCUGAGGACAUGGACUCUGUGUUUUUAACCAAACAGUGCAAACUUGUUUCUAGUCAUCAUAAGUCCAAUUUUUGUGAGCUUUUGCCCACUCAUAUCUCUUUUUCUUGUUCUGUGGACGAAGUAGUGUUUUUUUGCAGAUACACAACCCUUCAGACCAGUCUUUCUCAAAUAUAUAUCUCAGAGAUAUGGGUUUCGACCUUGUCAUGUUGAUUUCCUCCCUUAUUUGUGAUGCUGUCUUUUGCCGAUCUCUCUAACUGGUGACAAUGCUAUGUUUAUCCUCUGCUUUCAUCCUUUUGUCUUUUGUCCAGGUCUUUUUCUAUGACAAUGCUAUGUUUAUCCUCUGCUUUUGCUGUAACUCUCUUUCGUCUAGGGCUUUUCCUAUUAUCAUAACUUCCAGGUUCUUCUAGUCUCUUCAGAGUGUAGUGGACUCUCAAAAGCCAAAAAGUUGAAGUGAAUAAUCCAACUAUGAUUUGUUUUUUGCUUUUGCACUGAAGUUGUGACUCUUGCAAAUGUUUUCAACCCUAAAACUACGCCCUUAUUAUCUUUUGCUGACAUAUAUUUAGCAAUGGUCUGUUAACAUCAAUGUAUAUCUAAAGGUAAAUGGAGUAAAAUGGUGCAUUUCCAUGAAAGCAACAUCUGAUCAUGGAGUAAAUACAUCCCAAAAUACAUAAAACUCAUGCUGGAUUUUAAAAACAGCAUUGUGAACAAAAACUUGGGAGGUACUCCCAACUGUUCGGCCUGUAAUGGCCUUGCUUCCAAACUUUUGGCCUGUAGUGUAUAUUGAAAAUUAAUUUCCCUCAAUAUCAAUAUAAAACAUGGUCAAUAUGCUUUUCGAUAGACAGCAUUCUGCCAUGUUUUGGUAGACUAUAUGAAUAGCCAAUGAAAAGGGGAGUUGCUCAAGGUCUGCUUCACGCCGAACCAAUCAUGUGCUGAAUUAGAACCAAGUAGCAAAAAACUGCGUAGUAGCAGGCUGCAGCUACACGCAACCAUAACACUUCAACGUGAAGCUGACUGCACUGUCGGUGCAAAUGAUGACAUCGUCAACAACACUGGCAUGAAAAUGUUGGUGGUGUGGAGGUAUUUUGUUUUUUUGAGGUUGGACAUGAAGCAGAGUGAUGUGCACUGCAGUUUAUGUCAAGUACAUGUUCACGCAAAGUCGUGGAAUACCUCAAAUCUUUUUCACCACCUGAAGCAGUGCCAUGCGGCAGAGCACGCACAAUGCAAAAGGUUACAAGCCGAGCAAGGAGCCCAUGGCGCCUGUGCAGCCAAGACAGCUGACCAUUCAGUCCGCUUUCUCUAGCGCAACACUUAACGACAAAAUGUUGAAGAGACACAAACACCUCACAGAUGCAGGUUAUUGUAUUGCAAAAGACAAGCUACUAAUAAGCACUGUUAAAUUUCAUUUUUUACAUCGUGACAUAUAUCGAUAUUGACUGAUAUGAAAAAAAUAUAUUGUGAUAAACUUUUUCCCAUAUCGCCCAGCCCUAGUUGUUAUAAAUGUGCCCAUUAGACUGGAAGGCCAGUACAAUCUUAUCUCUGUCUGUCUCAGUCUGUACACUUGUUCCCUCCUGACCUUAUAGUAAUGAUGAUAAAUAUUAGACAGUUUGAUUGACAUGAUUUCCCUCUCAGCUGUGUCCAUCCAGCACAGUAUCUCAUGUUCGUCGCUGUAUGAUGUCAGCACAGUGGUAUCUGAAACACGUCACCUCCCACUGAUCUGUCUGCAGGACACCACGCUCUGCGGGAGAGAUAGGCUGCUGCUGCUGCUGACAGUGAAACCUGAUAAUGAGUGGUAAUCAUAAACAUGUUCGAUAAGAGAUUUUUAUGUGUGGUUGUUUACAAAGAAGAAAGAUAAAACUACUUCAAAACCUGCUGUUGAAAGAAUAUGACUCAUGACUGCUCUCGCUAAAAAAGCUGUGUUUAAGUGGGAAAGAGUCACAGGAGCCUCUUCACUUUCUGUUUUUGUCCUUUUUCCUUUCACCAAAAACUCAUCAGCUUUCUCAGCUGUUUGUUUGGCUCCUUCUCAAGCAGAUGAUGGAUUCAGAGCCAGUUCACUCUGUGAGUCCAGGUGUGUUUGUUUAAUGGUGUCCACUCCAGCUGACAGAGGAAGCAAGUCCAACUUAACCGAUCCUAAAAAAAAAAGGAAUGAACACUGAAACUACCACUACUAAAGGAGCAGAAUGAUAGGCUGCUUUUAGAGCCCACUCUUAGGACCUAAACCAGGGACUGAGUCUGUGACAUAACUGUAUCAGGAAGGUUUGGUAGUGAAAUGAAAAUAACGGCUGAUGUUCAUUGGACAGGUUUGUUCUUAAUAAAGACAAAAUGACGUGUAGUCACAUCACAGGAGCAAACCUAACCUGCAGAAACAGAUCCAUUUAAAGAGAACAUUAGAAACUAAAAAUAUGAAUUCAGAAGUUUUGGUCGAGAUCAAACUCCGGGCAGAGUUUGGUUACUGCUAUGUGUUUGAUUCAGCCUCCCACGCUCUCCCUGUUGACCUUUGACCCCUGCUGUGUUAGAGGAUAAAGAAGCUGCUGUUGGCAGCUGGUAGAUGUAGUCCACCGCUGAUUUCCUCUCCUUUAAUCACCUCAGACACACACACACACACACACACACACACACACACACACACACACGCAGAGAGGUGUUGUGUGUGUGCGUGUGUGUGCUCACCUCUGCAGUACUUGCAUACCUGCUGGUAGAUGUAGCUCACACACACACACAAACACACACCAGGGUAACUGUGUGCCAGGUGAGUCAGAGGCUCAGGUGACCUUGAAGUUUAGUUUUCUGUUUGAGUUUUUGAAGCUUUUCUCACCUGUUCCUGCUCUGGGCCAACAGAUUCAUGCCAGACUGGACUUAGGUUUGGGAAGUGUUCUGGUUUCUGAAGUACAUUCAUAGUCUUGAUGGUACCAACUGAUCCUGUGUCAGCAAGCUUUGGUGUGUGUAGAAAACACAGUCUGUAUGGAGAAAGCAAAAGCAGGUCGGUCCACUGGCACUUGAAGGUGCCAGCUGAAGAGGGUUCAGGUUUCUGAACAGUGAGGUGCCCCCACUGUAGUGAUUUCCAGAUACACCCAACCAUAACAUAGACUUGAACUCGCUCUAGGGAUCCCACAUCUGGUCUGGCCUGGGAAUGCCUCAGAAUUCCCAAAGCAUUCCUGGGAAAUGUUGCUGAAGGGUGGGAGGUCUGGGUUGACUUGCUCAGCCUGCUGCCUCUGUAGCCUAUCCCUGGAGGAAAUGAACGAAUUCAGGAGAAAUUCUCAAUCAUUUUGAAGGAGUUUCAGCAAACUUAAGACCUGUGAGAUACUCUAAAUAAAUCCGUUUUUUUUAGGUUCAUGCUGCUGAAGAAAGCCAGUGUGAGGCCACUGAGUAAUCGAGUACUGACUGUGAAACUGAGACUCGGUAGAAACAGAUAAACAAGAUCAAAUGAUAGCGCUUAAAAAAAGAGUCCCCUGUUUGUAUUCCUGGAUUUUCACUCAUGUAUACUCCUGUCUUCGUGAUUCAUAUGCUUACACUUAUCAAGCAUUGUCGUAUUUAACACACUAACAUAUUAUGGGAUCUGAUUACUCAGUAUCUGUUGGACUUCAGAUUUUGAACGGUCAUUAUCCUCUGAUUUACUGUCAGUCAUUAAGCCACAGAUCAUUAUAACAUUAGCUUUUAUUAGUUUAAUUUAUUUUAAACCUCUUUGUCUGUUGCAAAAAUCAAGAAUACACAACAGCAAUAACAGCAGGGUCGUUAUAACUAAAAAGAGGUCAUGAAAUAGCACAGGGUUUCACCACAACAUGACAAACAAUCACUAAUCAAAUACCACAAACCCUCUCAUUACAGAAGACUUGACCUCAUCUCACCCGGUCAUUCCGCCUUUUACUGACGCACUGCUGUUGUUACUGUCCAAUUGAAUAAAAAUCUAAUGAUAGUUUAAUUUAUCUUACUGCAAAUAAGUACAGACUUGUCCACUUUUAACACUUUAAAUUCAUAAAGUAGAAGCUUUUCAGUUGUUCCACUCACCUUUGCUGGAGAGAAAACAGAAAACUAAAGAGAGUAAAUACUAAUACUAAUAAAACCCCGUUUUUUAUUUUAAAUGGAAGAUAAAAAUGAGAAUGACAGAAACAUGAAUAGGACCUGGAGUGGGUGAUUGAUGAUCAGGUUGGCCAUGAAGUUUAUUUCUAUCCCAGGGUGUUUCCAAUAAAUGUUUUAGAGGAGUGGGUAUUUCAGUUGAUGCUGUAAAAUGUGUAUAUUACUACGUUUGUAGAAAUGACUCGCUCAUCGUGUCUCUCUUCAGGUCUCUUACAGCAUCACUGUGGAUGGAAAAGAUCACGUUGUUCAUUUGGAGAGAAAUGAGUGAGUUCUGGUUUUAUCUUCUAUAUCUGUGUUUGUUCAUGUGAUGUUUGUUCAGCAACAUAGUUUAAGGUGUUUAAAUUGAGAGGGAUAGGGUGUGAGAAAAAACACAAGGGAAGAGGAUGCAAAAUAGACUUACAUGACUGUUAGUUUCAGAGUUCCCGAACAUUUUUGUAAUUUUGUCAAACCAUGUUUUUAAAUUGACAGAUCUCUGAAGGGAAAACGUCCAAAAGAUGCUGUAACUUUUCGCAAGAAACCAUUAUAAUUGUCUCAUUAGCAAACAAAACACAUACAAAUAUUUCAGAUACUCCUCAGAUAUCAUUGAUGUGAAGAAUGAAAAGUUUUCAGGUCCCAACACUGAGCCCUGGGGGACCCCACAUCAAUAACUGUGAUGUCAUGUUUUCUCAUUUCAGCCUGCUGCUCCCCACAGACUUCACUAUGUACACCUACAGUCAGAACGGAUCACUGAUCACAUCCAGACCACCUGUACAGGUAACACACACACAGACACACACAGAGCUGAGCCCAGCUUUUCUUCCAAUCAUAGAGCAAUCUGGUUAACCAGGAAGUGGGUGACAAAACACUUUGAUCAUGUGACUGCGAAUGAAGUCAAACAGGAAGCUGGGAUCAUAGGAGGAGGAUGAGUCGGUGGAGUCAUGAAGUGAAACAGACAAAAGCAGAAAUGACAGCAGAGAUGACAAAAUAACAAACAAUAAGUUAAAUCCUGGGCAGACGGUUCACAUGACCAAAACCUAACGACAUCAGGAAUUAAAGCCACGUUUUGACACAGGGUCCUUUCACUAAUAAAGCAGAACCUUCUGUGUUUGAUUAUCUGUUUUCAGCUCAUGAUUUCCAAAUUAGAUCUCAACAUAAACAGUUGAUUUGAAGGAGAUUAUAAAAUCUGAUCUGAUCAGCUGUUCUCAGUGACUGAGAUGACGUUCAUUGUUUGUACUGGUCGGAGCAACAUUGAGGCUCAACUGAAACUGUAGUGUUUAUUGAAAGAAGAAAGGCAUGAUGGGAGUUUUGUCUGGCUGUGUGUGUGUGUGUGUUGAGGGAAUGCAUUGAUAUUUCCUGUCUGCUGACCGACUGCACUCUUUAUCCCAGUUUUCCUCUCCUCCACUCGUCUGUUUGCAGAGUUAGAGAUCUGAUGUUUGAUCACAUAGUAAUGGCUGACUCUGACUGGACUCAGGUUUAAACUCCUGUCCAUGAGUUCGACUCAAAUACACUUGAUUUGGUUUACAUUUAUUUAAAAAUUACCAGAGACUGUUGAAGUCUCUCUUAUCCUCCUUUACUCCUCCUCUUUGAUGUAGAACCUUUUUCAAACCAGAGCUUUCCCUCUUUUUCUGUCUCCUCCAGUUUCUAGAACAGUUACAGUUAGUUUUCCUUUUAAUAAGAUAAAGGACUCCUACCUGCAGAUGUGAAGCUGAAGUCUGCCCUCUGCUGGUUUCUUUGUGGUGCUGCAGUUUGAAUCUGAACGUCAGUGUUCAGUAACUUCUCCUUGUCUGCUGCUGUGUUGUAGAAACACUGUCACUAUCAGGGGUACAUUCAAGACAUGGAGGGUUCUGCUGUUGCUAUGAGCAUCUGCAACGGCCUCAGGUAACACAUGCACACACACACACACACACACACACACACACACACUUUUCCAACACCUCAGAGUAAGGACAAUGCUUUUGCUCAUCCUGCUUUCAAAACAGUCAAACAAAUGUUGGAAACAUUUCAGGUGUUUCAUCACAAGGGUUGUAUUUGUUCAUGUAAUACACUGUUGACUAACUAUUUAUGUUUCUUAUUUACAUAUAAUGUAGUCCAGAUUAAUAAUACAAAGUUUUUUGUUAAACCCCUUGAGUCCCAAACUUGCUGGUCCAACUUUGUGACCUGUGAUAGUAAACGUGACGUCUCACUCUGACUGAAAAAGAAAAAAAAGUUUUCAUCUCUUUUUCUCUUUUAGAGGAAUGUUGCAUCUUGCUGAUGACAGCUACGGUAUUGAACCUUUAGACUCUGACCCCCACCAGCACCUGGUGUAUCGCCUGCAGGAUGUGACAUCACAGCCACGUGGAUGUGGGACACUGCAUGAAGAUGAGAACCACCGCAACGACACAACAGAGCAGGCUCAGUACAAACCAGAGGAAAUCCACCACAGACAGUACAGCAGGGUGUGUGAACUCCCUGAUAAGAACACAAAACAACUACUCACACACACACACAAACAGACACUCUUUAUUUAAGUAAAUGAAAUUUAAUCUUGAGUUUUUGGUUUUGGUUUUGUGUGUAGAUGAAGCGAGCUAUUCUUCACACCACUCACUAUGUGGAGCUGCUGCUGGUGGUAGACUAUGACAGGGUAACACACACACACACACACACACACACUCCACUUUUAAAGAGUGUUUAUAUUUUAUGGAUAACCAAAACAAUAAAAGCUUUAUUGAUGCUAAAAUCAAAACUAAGAAAAUAUGAAACAUCCAAGGACAGACAAACAGAGGACUCAAUAAAACAGGAAGUGAGGAAACAAGGAAACAAGGAAACACUAACAUGAGUUUAUAAUGAGGAAACACUGUUGGCUGAAAUCAAUGAUGAGGACUCAAGAAAGAAAAUUCAUCAAAUAAGUUUGAACAUGAAGGAAUAAUAAAAAUAAUAAAAUAACUGCUAAAUGAAUGAGUUAAAGUUGAGCGAGAUAAUAAAAUACUAAAAUAUAAAACACUAAGAAAUCAUUAAGAAAAUAAACAGAAGCAUUAAAACAUUAACAUAACCCACAGUAAUCAAAUUAUGUUUAUAUAAUUAUUUGGAAUUUUCCCCUGUGGGACUAUUAGGGGUAGGAACGUCUUAUCUUAUCUCAUCUUAUCUUAUAUAUGUAUAAGACAUAAUGUAAUAAAACAGAUUCAAAUUAAGUUAAAAUAAUAGAUAAUAAAUAAGUUAAAAAAUAAAAUACCUAAACUAGCUAAGUCAAACUCAGCUUAAAGUUUGAGAGUAAAACAGUUGGUUUGAGUUUACCAUUAAAAAUGUUAACACUCUGUGCUGCUCUCUGGUCAGCUGAUUCACAGAUGUGAGGCUCCAUCAAAAGACCACAAUCUGAAGACCUGAGGGCCUCCACAGGAUCACAUGAUAGAAGCAGAUCCAAUAAAUAAGUCGAAGGGAGACCAUCAGAGCUUUAGGAACCAGUAAAAGAAGCUGAAAUCUUAUCUAAAAGAUACUGGCAGCAGGUACAGAGACUUGAAUCUUUAUUUAGCCAGGUUAGUUUAACUGAGAUCAGAGGGAGACCUGGCCAAGAGUGGCAACAACACAAAGGUUCAGCAACAAAACAUCAGACUCAUACAGCAGAACUAACAAAAUCCUUGAAAGCUGUCAGAGUACAGAUUUGCAAACAGAGAGGCUGGCUUCCAGACUUUUCGGCAGGGAUUUAAAAACAGUCAUUGGUCUGUAUUUGCUCCAGGAAAAAGGUGCCAAAGAACUCAAAGCUUUGUGUCCCAGCUCAAUUUAGACUUAAACAAAAUACUGCACACUGACCGGAAGUUGCGAACUGAUAAAAUGGAGAAAAGGUAUUUUGUUUAAAAUGACUUCAUAAGUGAAGCCAUACCAGUGACUGAGUGUUUAAACUAGUCCCUCUGACUCUUGAAUAUAAUGUUUGAAUAUUAUCUCCUCCAAAGGCACAUUUCUCUGGUUCAACAGGAAAUGCAGAACUAAAACUGGUCCAUCUGUAACACCUGACAUCAUGUUUGAACUUUUCCUUUAAUGACAGUGUUUUAAGAUCCUGAAGUUGUGUUUUCUUUCUCCAGUACAACUACAAGAACAGGAACGAGACAGCAGUCAGAGAGGAGAUGGUUCAUCUUGCAAACUUCAUCGACAGUGUGAGUAAAAAAGGACACACUUGAGUUUUGACCCAUUUCAGGGUCUGCAGCCUUCAGAGGGACGGUACACCACACAGACACCUGACCCUUUUUUAAGGCUUUCUCAAAUUCACCUGAGAUAUUCAGAGAAACCUCUUCAGCCCAGGAGAGACUUGAACCUAGAAACAUUUUCAAAGUGAAAUGUCCACAUAGAUUUUCUGAUCCUUUUCAGGUGCUUCAAAUCAUUGUCAUUUGUUUGUGUUCAGAUCUACAUUCAGCUGAAUGUAAGGGUGGUCCUGGUGGGACUAGAGAUCUGGACCCAGCAGAACCUGAUCAGCACAGAUGGAGCAGCUGGAGAGGUGCUGAGUCGCUUCACCCAAUGGAGGGAGAAAGAGCUGGUGACCCGCCGCCGCCACGACUCAGCACAACUCAUCCUGUCAGUGUACACACGCACACACAGAAACAAACUCUGAUCACACACACACACAGAAACACACUCUGAUCACUCACUGAACACACUCCUGUUGUGUAUAAUAACAGUGCUUAUUUCCCUGAUGAAGACUCUGAUUAAGAUGAUGAUGAUGUUGCAGGAAGAAGAGUUUUGGAGGGACAGCAGGGAUGGCUUUUGUCUCCACGGUCUGCUCCAGAAGCCACGGGGGCGGGAUCAACGCAGUAUGCUGCUUUUGACUCUCUUCUCUUAUUGGCCGAUUCACCUGUCCAUCUCUUCUACAAUUAGCUAAUAAGCAUUUCAGUCUUUACCGCCUGUGUUCUGUAGAAAUCUACAAAAGUUAUUCAAAAACUUGUCGUGCCUAUUUUUACGAAUCAAAUGUAACACCUCUGAUCUCUGAGAAUCCAGAGUUUUGAAUAACCUUUAUUAACAAACAUCUCCCUCUCAUUCUCUCAGUUUACCAACAACAACAUCCCCUCCUUUGCGUCAAUCGUGGCUCAUGAACUAGGACACAACCUAGGGAUGAACCACGACGACGGACGCUCCUGCACGUGCCCAGUGUCUGCCUGCAUCAUGAAUUCUGGGGCCACGUAAGGCUAAGACACACACACACACACACACACACACACUUCUAUCUUUUCCUGUUCCUCAGCUCCUCUCUCCUCCUCUCAGACCUACCCUUGCACCUCCCUCUGUCACCUCUCGCCACCUUCUCAUCUCCUCUUCCCCACUCCUCUUCUCUCUCUCCUCUUUUCAUGUCUUUCUUUUCCAGCUCCUGUCCUCCUUUUCUUUUCUGCCUGUCCCCUCUCCACCUCUUCAUCUCCCACUUUCCUCUUCCUCCCAUCCUUCCUCUCUUCCUCUCCUCUCCUCUAACUUCUCCUUUGUCUCAUGCUUGACUCCUCUCCUUGCCUCUACCAUCUAAGAUCCUCAUUUCUCCUUCCUCUCUUCUUGAUUUUUUAAUUCAGUUUUAAAGAUUCUAUUUGCAGAGAAGUGUAGAAAAAUCGUUUUGUCAAAGUGCAGUUUGGUCAAAAAUUGGACAUACAGUAAAAAAUUACAACACUUGGAGGUAGAUUUGAAACAAUUAGUAAAUUGUUGUAAAGUUUGUUGUAAAGUAAAGUUUCAGCAUCAUUGUCAUAUUUUUCCUCUUCUUUCUCUGCAGAGGAUCUAGAAAUUUCAGCAGCUGCAGUGCAGACGACUUUGAGAAGAUGAUUUUGUUGACAGGGGGAACGUGUCUCCUGAACGUCCCUCGACCUGACGAGGCCUACAGCGCCCCCUUCUGUGGAAACAGACUGGUGGACAUGGGGGAGGAGUGUGACUGUGGAUCUGAGAAGGUCUGUAGACGAAACGUAAAUUUGUCAGAUCUGACUUUGUCUUCCGAGCGUAUUUGUAAGCAGCCAAACUUCAAACAGAACUAGUUUCUCUGCUGGAGUAAAGCCACCUCAGAAACAGAUGAAGAGCGUGUGUGUGUGUGUGUGUGUGUGUGUGUGUGUGUGUGUGUGUCUGUGUGUGUGUGUGUGUGUGUGUGUCUGUGUCUGUGUGUGUUUGUGUGUGUCACAGGAGUGUGAGAAGGACCCCUGCUGUGAGUUUCAGACCUGUAAGCUGAAGCCUGGAGCUCAGUGUGCGUAUGGAGAGUGCUGCUCCAAGUGUCAGGUGAACAAACAACAUUCAUUCAUCAGUUAGCACAUAGGCCAUCUCAGUUAAAGGGAGAUUACUGUGUUUUUCUUCACUUAUUUAAUGGUGUAAAGCACUGACAGGUUCAGAAACUUUAAGAUUUGCCCCGUUUGAUCACUUCAGACCACAGCCUCAUAGAGAAUCAGAUCAUUCUUCUACACUUUGGAUCACUUUACAGAGAAGAUUUACCUUUUCAUGUUUUUUUUCUUCUACAAACAACUCGACUGCGUUCUUCAAAUUGAUCAAAGCACUAGCUUAACCCUCAAAAUACCUGGGGUCACUUUUGCACUGCGGCCUCCUUCUUAGUGCAUCACAGACCCCGCUAGUUUGUGCCCUGGUGUUCAUUGUUUUAUAGUAAUUUGAUUAACUAAACAGUGAGUCAGCCUUUAAAAAAAAACAUCUAACGUAAAUCUCAGUCAGCUGGACAGAGACCAGCACUGUUUGACUCAUUUGUCCUUUUUGUGUUUUCAGUACCUGCCUGGUGGAACAGUGUGUCGGUCCACAAUAGAUGAUGAGUGUGAUCUACCUGAGUACUGUAAUGGCUCCUCGUCUCUCUGUCAGAGUGAUGUCUUCAAACAGGUACACUGAGCUGCCACAGAGGGGCACUAUAUUCCCAGCUCACAGGUUUAUGUUUGCCUCAGUGUUGUUGAGCCCUUGUGUGUGUGUGUCUGUCUGUGUGUGUGUUUCAGAACGGGCAGCCCUGCAGGAACCAGCAGGCCUACUGUUACAACGGGAAGUGUCAGCACUAUGACGGACAGUGUCAGGCCAUUUUUGGACCCAGUAUGUCCUCCUGCAUGUUUACAACCAAAACUCUCCUUCUGAUGUCAAAUGACGCAAAAGUUUCAGCUGCUGUUUACUGUAAACAAAGACAUUUCUCCAUGUAACAAGGAUAAUUAUAACAGAGAGAAACAUAACAUGGUUUCAGAAACAGUUUGAAAGCACACCUUUUGUCUGCACCUUCUCCCUCUGGUGUGAAAUUCACUGUGAGGUUAAACAGCUAAAAAAAAAAAAAAGGGGUUUUACUUGCAGCACUGGACAGAUAGAUGAACAGGAAAUUGUUUGUGCUGUAACUGCUCUUCUGUCUUACUUUCUGCAUGCAUGCAGAUGGAUAUUUAUGGAGAUAUGAAGCAGCAUUUUGAGAUUGUGUUUUGCUGCUAAAGUGACCCACAGUUCUCAGUUGACCGCAUCCCUAAAGUCCUCUAGAAAUUAACUUGAAUAUCUCUUUAUCACUCCCCUUCUCCUCUUCCUCAGAGGCAAAGGCUGCCCCUGAAGUCUGCUUCAAAGAUGUCAACAGUAAAGGAGAUCGCUUCGGCAACUGUGGCUACCACAACUAUGGCUACAAGAAGUGUGAGAGCAGGUAACACACACAAAUUUUUAAAUGUGGUGUCAGCAUCCUUGAUGGUAUGGGGGUCCUCAGAGUCCAUGUCAUGGGUAUCUUCCACAUCUGUGAAGGCUUCAUUAAUGCUGAACAAUAUCUACAGAUUUAGGAGCAAUAUCUGCUGACAUCCAGACAAAGACUUUUUCAGAGAAGACCUUCAUUUUUUCAGGAGGACAAUGACAAACCACAAUCUGACAACAGGGAUUACAACAGCAUGGCUCUGUAGGAGAAGAGUUCUGACUUGUCCCCAAUUUUAAAGACUCGGCACAUGACGAAACAGAAAUCAAAAGGAGACCCUGAACAUUUAACCUCCCAAACUCCAGAAACUGGUCACCUUGAGACGAGCUGGUGCAACAUGAUGCUAAACAUGCCCCUGUUAGUUACACUAUCUUACAGUGUGGAUGUAGUACUGAGAUGAACUGGUUUGGAUUUCAAGCUGAUCUGCAGCUCACACCUGUUUUUGCCGGACUGGUUUCCUGUUAGUUGGAUAUCUCUGCAGAGCCAGGACCGUAUAACUUAAAAAUUCAGCAAAAGUCAAGAGGGACUCUGAGGCUCUGAUGCUCUGUUAGUGAAAUGAUGUCUGUCUCCGUAGAAACGCUUUGUGUGGGAAGCUGCAGUGCUCCAACGUCCAGGCAGUGACCGUGUUUGGAAUCGAACCGUCCAUCAUCAGCACACCAAUUGCCGGAGGCAAAUGUUACGGCGUGGACUUCAUGUUGGGUUCAGACGUCCCUGACCCAGGCAUGGUGAAUGAAGGGACCAAGUGUGGAGACAACAAGGUGAGGAGGACUGAAAAGAGGUAAAGAUAAGGAGGAGAGGAAAGAGAUAAGAGGUAGAUAAUGAUGGCUGUUCCUUCUUCUGCGGCGUUCAGGUGUGUAUGAACUUUGAGUGCCGUAGUGCCGACAUCCUAAACUACGACUGUGACGUGGAGAAGAAGUGUAACGGACACGGGGUAAGAUGCAUCCACCGCUCUAUCUACCCGUGACUUUCUGUGAGGAGUAUCAGACCAUCACACACUCACCUGUCUGUCUCUCUGUUUGUCUGCCAGGUGUGUAACAGCAACAAAAACUGUCACUGUGAUGAAGGCUGGGCUGCACCUUUCUGUGAGGUCAAAGGUUACGGGGGCAGCGUGGACAGUGGACCCACCUGGAACGGUAACUUAACAUUACAGCUCACCUUCACAGCUCACAUCUUCACUGACUGUCCUGCACAUAAACUUGACAGUAAAAUGGAAACUUUUGAAUGUGCCUGUUUUGAUUGGUCCAGCAGUCGUGAAACUCACUUUGAAUGUCCGUCUGUCCCAUUCAGAUAAGGACACAUCUCUCAGGGACGGUCUGCUGGUCUUCUUCUUCUUUGUUCUUCCUCUCCUCGCCCUGGGUGUGUUUGUUUUCCUGCGCAGGAACGAGCUUCUGCGGCGACUAGGGCUGAGCCGGAGGAAAAGAUCGCAGGGAUACCAGUGAGUCUUAAACUGGGAAUGCAUGAUUCCUACAACACAAAGGUCACUCACAUGUGGUCUAAACACCACGAAUAUUGACUUUUCUAUGAGUGUUCAAACCCUGAUCAAAAACUUAACAGUCGUAAGAGUAAAGCUGCUCAGAUGUGGAGAUCAAAUCUGUUCAGGUUCAUUUACUGAAUCUAAAGUUCUCGACAUUACUGUCUUUCUUGAUGACUGCAUUUCCUGAACUCAAACAGUUAGCAGCAGCUGACAGCAGAGGCCGAGUCAGCAGUUUUUUUUUCUAUAAAUAAUCAGUCCAAACUGACAGACAGCACAUCUGACUUCUGUUCCUGGUGCUGCAUUCAAGGACACUCAGCCCACUGUUCUGGAAAUGUCCUCUGUGCUGCAUUCAAUGACAUUUUAACCCUGCUCCAGGACUGACCCUUGUUCACUUCAUCAGCUGCUCUCAAUCUGUCCGUUGUGCUGCAUUCAAAGACAGUCCAAAAGCUGCAAUGAAAUGUUCCUCUAUAUGUUUAUGGACACUCUAAUGUCCUCUGUCCAAAUGUUCUCUGUGAUUCAGUCAAGAACUUUCCAAAGGUUUGCUUCUGCACUGCAUGACGGGACUUUCAUACUACUGCUCCCAAACUGCCCACUGCGUGGAAUUCAGGGAUGUUUUUUUUAAAAAACUGAUCAAAUUAUUCCACCAGGCUGCUUUCCAAUACACCAAAAAACUGAUAUUAAACUGUCCUUUGGAUUUCAUUCAAGUUGCAUUUGUUCAUGUCACAAUGUGGCGAACCCCCCACACAUGCGUGCAAUGGUAAUACAAGUGUGCAGGGGGUCUGUUUUGGAAAAGCUUUAACACUCACACGUGCCGCAUUCAAGGACAUUCCAAAACUUAAGUUAACUAAUCUUGAAUGCUGCGUGCAUUUCUUUCUUGCUGUCCUCUUUGCUUCAUCCAGAGGUACAUCUACAACAACUCUAGAACUGACCUCUUCUGCUGCAUUCAAGGACACUGACAGUUUCUUCAAAUUCAGCUCUGUGCUGCCUUCAUGAUCAUUCCUAAAAAACUGCUCUGGAAGUUUACCGGUGCAGCUUUCAAAUGCUCCCUGUCUACAUAUUAUAUGCAUUUGACGACUCACUCAGCAGCUCUAAAACUCUCCUCUAAGCUACACAAAUAUAGUUUCUCAGUGUUUUACAUGUGCAAAGAUUAACACUGUGGAAAAUUGUACCUUCAUGCAAAAAAAUAAUGAACAACUCAAAAACUUUCUUGCAGAUCCACAAAACUUUUUAACGUUCUCACAGGUUAAAAAUAGCUUAUAUGACUAUUAAUUGACCCCAGACAUCCAGGAAUACAGACAUUCAGUCCAGAUGACCUUGUGUCUGACUGAUAUUUUUCUGCUAGAGCUUUGAAACUUCACUCAUUGAACUUUUGUAAAAUCUUGUCUGCAGGGCUGACGGUGCAGCUUCAGCCAAUCCCAGCAGAGGACCGCCCCCUAGAGCACCGCCACCAUCUGUAGCACGGGGCAACACCAACAACAUUGUUAGAGACGGGGUGAGUUUACAGCAACCAGUUCGGCAACAUUGAGGCAGAGUUUUCAGUGUUUGCCAGUGUUUGUGAUAGUUUGAACUACUAACACUUUCAGUUUGAUCAGCUGUUUUACAACACUGUGUAUGAAUUAGACCGUCUGUUUGUGAAUUAAUCCAGUUCAUUUUGCUUUUAAAUAAUUUUUUCUACUUGUGGACCGUUAGUUAUAAAGUAGGCAGCAAAUGUAAUAACCUAAACAUACAAACUCUUAUAAAACUGCACAUGACACCGCUGAUCAGGAGGCUGCUGCUGAGGAUGUCACUGUGCUGCCGGUAAGCCUCUUUCUCAGAUUAGUUUGUUCGGUCUUUGGCAUCUGACAUGGUCCAUGCAGCCCAUCCAGCCGUCUUUCCUCAGCUGAGACUAAAACUAAAAAGUUAAUCUGUUCUCCUUUAUUAGAGACAACUAAAUUUUUUGAAGAUGUCAGAAAAUGCACAAAAAUUCCCUGACUGUUAAUAUUUUUAGUCACUGCACUCACAAAGCUCUCCGGUAAAUAUAGUUCAGCUUUUUGAACUAUCCCCAGGAUGAGCUACACUCUCACUCUCCUGCUCAUGAGUGGCAAAAUUAGCUAAUGUCCUCAUUUGCACAUGUUCAAGCAAAAAAAGUAUCCACAGGGCUGGUCCUGGCUCCUGACCCACAAGAAAAGGGCUGGGCCUCACCUUUUUCAAUGUCAGUGGGGUGAAGAAACUGUGCACAGUUCAUCUCAUACACACAGUUUCUUUGAGGGAAUGACCUCCAGGUCUGAGCUGCUGCUGACGCCAGGUCAGGAUUUUUUUCCAUUGUUUCCUUGCACAAAAGUCAAUUCUAAACACAGACAGCGCUAUAAAACAGACUUCAUGGUUACAACUAAGGGGAGCAAAAGUGCAACUUGUGUUACCUAGCAACAGCACUAGUAAGAGGCGCUCUAAAAAUUGAGGUCGAUAGCCCUACCAGCACAAAGAAAGUCAUUAGUUGACACAGACUCGCAUGUAGGUAUUUAGGAAUGGAUUUGAGUUCAAACAUCUCUCAUGCAACACAGGACAGGGGAAACAGCUUAACACAGCCUGACACAGAUUUCAUGCUUCAGUCAAAACAAAGAUGCAUGGAGUUAAAAUUCACGUCUAUAUGUAGCACUCAGUGCAGAUCUGGACCAUCUCUGCAAAAUACUUGUUUUCUACUGCAUAACACAACUUUGAAUGUAAUCAAGCACUAAACUGAGCAUGUGCAGCACAAUGCAUCUGCUUUACUGUGCAUGCAUGGACCAUAUUUCAGACUUUGGCUUUCUUUGUUUCUAUGACAACCAUAUGUUUUUUAGCAUAUAUUACCCAGAAAAGUUAUUCAGUGAGUUUGUACUUAGACCUGACAGUUUGUUUUCCGCCCUCAGUGUUUUUAUGCAUGUUUAGUCUUAUUGGUUUUCAAGCUUGUUAUUUAUCAACCCACUUAAAGAGAAGUUUGUUAACUGAUAGAUCAGCUGUGUAUACUCAUGUGUUAAUGAAUUCACCAGUGAGAGGCUGUUGACUGAUGAUUAUUAAUUGAUUACUGUCUGACCAGAAGAGUCAGUCAAAAGCAGAUGGUGGUUUGACUGGUGAUUGAUUAACACAUCAGCUAGUUAGCAGAUUAGUAUGUGUGUGUGUGUGUGUGUGUGUGUGUGUGUGUGUGUGUGUGUGUGUGUGUGUGUGUGCGUGCGUGCGUGCGUGCGUGCGGGUGUGUUACUGACAGAACUAACUCAUAUUAACAAGUUAUUACCUCCUCUGCUCUCUCUCCAUGUCAAGAACCACGCUCAGCUCCUGCCACCACAGGAGGUAAAGCACUGCAGUUAUAAUCACACUGUUAGAAUACUAAUAUCAUCUGUAAUAUCUCUACCAUAAUACUGCUAAUAUCACCUCAAAUGCCACUACAGUAACACUCCUAAUAUCACUUCUAAUACUGCACCUGUAGUGCUACUGUGCUUCUGAUUAGUUUUCUUGACAUUUCUCUUUUCUUCAAUAAAAAAAAUCUCUUCAACAUUUUUGUAUCUAACAUUAAAAUUAAACCUGUCUAAAGUUGUAGUAAUAAAGGGUAAGACAAACCUCAACUUUUUAUGUUUUUUGUGUUUUUUUAUGUUUGUGUGUGAUCAGGUGGUGGAGACCAGCAGGACAGCUCCAUCCUACUCUCUGAGGCCUCCUCCUCCUCCUCUGUAAGAUAAACACAACCACAUACAACUCCAGUAAAGACACUUUUCACUCACACACACGGAGCUCUUUUAUUUCCAGGAUUCACAUUCAGCUGUAAAAGCAUUGUGCACAGACUGUUGGAGUUAUUGUUGUGAAAUCCAAAUAUCACCCUGACAGCUCUGUUCUCGGGUCUGUCAAAGUGAAUCGGUUUUUAUUUCUCUCUUAGGAAACCCAAACCUUCUGCUGCGUCACAGCCUCUGGUGCCUCAAAGAUCCGCCCCUCCUCCACCUGUUUAACCCAGAGGCCUCACCACACCCAGACCACACCCCUCCUCCGCCUCUUCUUCUUCGCCUUCUCCUUCGUCUUUUUUUCUCCCUCUUCACCCUCAGUACCCACCCACUCAGUGCUGGUGAACUGGCAGCAGCUGAGGAAUCAAUUUCUGGAGCCAAACAGCAGCUGGCCCAGAAGUUUGUGGGAACUGGUCUGAGAACAAGACCAGGCCUCUGGACUGGGAUUUAACCAGAACAAACAGGAAUGCAGUGGGACUGAACUGAAGCGGCAACUGAUCUCUACAGACUGUCCUUUUUCUGUCUUUCUUUUCAAGUGCAAAUCCGCACUUUAUCAGGUGACGAACAGCCUGAUCUGUCGCAAACCAGCCAAUCAAACUCAUCAAAGCAGUCACCAAGUCGAGCUCUAGAUUAGCUAAUCACUGUCCUUAAAAAUACAAAUGCAUCACAUCACAUCCCAGCUGUUAAAAAAUAGGUUUUACUUCUUUCUUAAAAAUGAUCCACUGUGAUGUUUAUCUUAAACGCCAGCUAACAAAUAUCUGCAGCCAGGAUCAAAGCGUUAGCUUCUAUGAUUCUUAAGUCACAUCAUGCUGCUAACAUUACAAUACGUCCACCACUUCAUUUGAGAGCCACUUAGUUUGCUUCUGAAUACUUAAUAGCCUAGCUAUGCAAGCCUCCACAUUCACUGUCCCUUAUACCAUAUAUGCAGUUAGCUUUGUUUGUGCUGAGUCAUGGUACAGGUAAAUAUUUAAUCAUCAUCAGUGAAAAGUCAAAGCAAUUUUGAUUGGCUCCCUGGUGGAUAUACAGAUUUGAAAGAGCGCUGUUUUCAAUUGCUGCCCUCCAUGAGCACAUAUUACCCUAGGCUGCAGAUCUAACAAACUAUUCAGUCUGUUAACGCCCUUUACGGCGUCAGGCUCCUUAUUAUGAUGUAGAGCGAUUCCUCUCACUUUAAGCCCAGCCGCUGUUAGCUUGUUAGUGCAUGUUAGCUCAUGAUCCCUACAGCCUCUCUGCUCCUCUCCCUGCUCUUCUCUCUUCACCUCCUGCAUUAACUUCCUCAUGCUCCCAAGCUUUGUUUCACGUUGAUCUAAGCUGCUUAUUGAAAUCUUCAACUUUGCUGCUGACUGCUCAGAAUCUGUCUGUCACAGUAAAUGAAUAAACUGAACAAAGACUCAUCAAAAACAAAAUCUCUUUUUUUCACCAAGAAUCCUGUUAAAGUGUUAUUACUAAAAUUAUGGCCACACAUGUGAUCUCAGCGCUGUAAUGAACCAAUGUUUCUACUGAGAGGUGCUUCAUUCUGAUUGGCUGGUUUGUAGGCAGAGGUCACUGGAGGUGGCACUUGCACACCUGUUUCUCUCUCUUUCUCUCUGUCUCUGUCUGAAUGAAAGCACUGGUGCCGUCUGAUUGCACUUUCUUCUGCUCAGCACUGUCAUAGGAAUGUAACGCACCCCGGCUGCUGUGUUCAGGUGCGCUCGAUCUCUCCCCCCUCCUGCUCGCCUGGCACUCUCUGCAAAAUUGUAAAAACAAAGUAUGCAACAACAACACCACCUGAGUGUGAGUGAGUGCAGAGUCUUCUCUGGACUUAGAUCUGUGGUACUGUGAUGUUGUGACUGCUGGCUGACAUCUCUGCAGGGAAUGUAUGUGCUUGUCGCCGUUAUUAUUACUUUACCACAAAGAAACUCGCCCUGAAAGACUUCAAUGCUGUUCAACCUGAUAUCUGUAAAGUUCAGCAUCCCAUGUCACCAAAUACUCAGGAGGAUUUAUGUCAGUAUCAGUGAUUUAACUUAGUCACACUCGUUCAUUCAAGGUUGAUCAGAGGCCUCCUAGGAAAUGUAGGUUUGGACAUCUAAACUGCAGGUUAAUAGUUGACCACUAUGCUCAGAGUACAUCCUCUGAGCACUGAGAGGAGUUGAGUGUGACAGAAGUACAAAUUGCUUUUUCCAAAAUAUGUUACAUAUUCUGCAGAAAGCAGACUGAGCAUAGUGUUGAAGUAACUAAAGGUGGAAUCCUACAUCCAUUAAUCCUACAGCUCACUGGAUGCCCCCCCGCUCUAAGGUCCUGAGAGCAUCCGGAUUCCCUGCUGUCUUUACCACCAACAUCACCUGAAUGUUAAAACUGAUCAGUAUCAGAGAGAUGUGAACAUUUCAAACAUUCAGGACAUUUGAGCUUCACUCCUCGCUUGGCAACUAGCAUCAAAAUCCAGAGAUCCAGGGAUUUUUACACCACAAGUAAACCAAAUGUUUCUGGGUGGGUUGCAGUCAACUGACUUUAAGCAUUGUUAGCAUUUCCACCAGUAAACUGCAGCCUGCAGUAAAUGAACCUGGAUGCACCAUGUGAGAGAGGAGAGCUUCAUGUUUUUGUUUCAUCUCCUUUAGUAUAUUUUAAAUUGGAGGUCUUGGUUGUUUUUGCACAGAAAUCUUUAUGAAUAUGAGGAAUUGACAGAGGGUAUAGUGAGUAAAUCAUAGGGCUAACUUUGCCAUUUGAUCAUUUUCAUGCCAAAAAUAAUUAAUCAAUGUUUUCUUAAGAUCUUUAUUCUGUAAGAAAGCCCACUAUGAACAGACUGUUCAGUCUGAGGUUAUUUAGAGACGCAGAGCAGCUGGAGCUUAAGCCCACAAGAGUAUCAAGUAACAGUCAGUGAAUUUCUGCUGCCGCUGACUCUAAAGGUUGAAAGAUUCAGUUAUUUUCCACGUUUUCAUUUAAAUCAACAAAUCUGGUGUGCAGAUCAGACCAACGCUGAAUGUAUUGAAUGUUUGGAAGCUGAGGGCCAAAGACAGAAAGUGAGAAAACAUUGAGUGACAUUUUAACACAGUUAGUUUGGAUUUCCAUCUAAGAUUUGAUGCUUUUAAGAAAAUAAAAAUACAAUAAAACCAAAUCGUUUUUUUUUGACUGAAGAUUUGGAUGCAGGUGUCUCAACCUGUAGUUUUAAUAUGGGUAGCAUCUUUUAAGCUAACAGAGAUGGCAUCAGAGAAGCCCUGAGUUUGGUCUUUCAGGCAGGAGACAGGUUACUGGCCCUUCAGGUGGUUGGGGGUUGCAGCACGGAUGUAUUAUUGUUACCUGGAUAUAAUUGUACUGAUAUGAUUGGCUUUAGAUGUAGCCAAGUGGUCACUAAGGAGAUGGGAGCUUAGUCAUCAAAACAAUUCAUGUCUCCACCCUGGUUAUCCGGCACCAAAAUAACUGGUUGGUUUAGCAAAUGAUUGAUUUGUUAACUGUAAACAUUUACCUUCAAGGAGGACUGAUGGCUGGUGGUGCUAGCUCUUAUUCUGGUAGCCACACUAAGCAAUGCAGUUGUGACUGUUUUUUGAGUGUUUUUACAGCUUUAGGCCAGUCUGUGAGCUAAAAUUAAAAUUUACAUUUACAUAACCAGGGAAUCUCUUAUUUUCAAACAUCUCUAAUGGCCACUUAUAGUACUGCAACAAAAAAAUCAUGCAGAAGAAAAAAUUAAUCACCCAACAAAACCACUACCGUAACAAAAGUCAUCUGUGUGACUUGAGAGAGACAUAUGGAGUCUUGAAUCAGGAUCAAGACUCCACCUUCAUGAUGACGUGAAAGCCUGAGAGGUAAAACUCAGGGCAGAAUAAACCUGUAAAGUGGAGUGAAAUGCUCCUGGUUGCAGUCAUAUUUAUGCUUCACCUGUGUGAACUGUAUGUGUGUACUACAGCAGGUGGGAUUGAUAGAUAGUCACCAUGGUAACAGAGAGAAUCUCAUCACCUUUUCUAUUUGAAUAAAUGAUUUUAUAUAGUAUUUUGUUUUUCUUUCCUUUUUUUUUUGCAAAUGUAAACAUGUUAUCUGUGGUAAAACAUAAACUUUUGACUGAAUUUAAUUAUUAAAUAUUGCUGUGUCAUGUGAAAACCAG